UUGCUGUCGCCGCGUAUGUUAUGUUACGGAGGUACAAGAAAGUUUCUGUGAAACGCCGACGUUCGCCGCAAUUUCUGUGAACACACGUGGCACGAUUAGGAUACCACGUGGGUUUUACCUAUCAGGACGAUUAAUUGACACUUCUAUUCGACGAGGACAUCUCCUACGAUCGGACACCUGAGAUCCUGAUAUCGUUCUGGAGACACGCCAACAAGACUUUGCUAACGAGAUUGACGAAUUGAAAUCCGUAAAGAGGUUAGGUCAAACGGUGCCGCAUGCUUUAUAUUGUAAAGAAUUAAGCAAGUUUAGAAGAAUUUUAAUAGUGGCAUAACAUGAGUAUCUUCCUUGUCGAAAAGUUGUAAUUAAGGAAGAAAGAUUUGUAGAUUUAAGAUUUUUAUGUUAGAUUUGACAGAAACUAGCUUGUCUUCAAAUUUAAUAAAAAAACUGAGAGUAUGGCGGAUCAGAAGUUGUUUUCGGAGCACAUAUACGAUAUUAAAUUUCAAGAAGAAUUCAAAAAACACUGGCACUCUCAAGGCGAUUUUAAGAGCGCCAAUCUGGAGAUCAUAUCGAAACCUUUCAAAGUGUGUAAGAUAUCAAACUUCUUAAGAGACGAGAUCCUAGAGAACUUAAAAAGCGAAUUGGAACGUCAUGAUUAUAUACGCAAAGUCCUUGAUCUCUAUCAGUUUGAAAAAACUGAGGAUCUGCACCACUUUACUGACAAGUAUAUCCAAAUGUUGAACAGAUCUUUUUGGAAAGAUCUGAUAUCAUGGAUGAGCCGCAAUACAAACAUUGAGUUAAACGGAAAGGUCUUGAUGUCGAGCGCCCGUUAUCGUAAUACAGAUCGUUUAUUAUGUCACGAUGAUAACAUGAUUGAUAGAAGAAUCGCUUAUAUAUUGUAUCUAACUGAUGAUUGGUCAGAGGAAGAUGGUGGUGCUUUAGAUCUUUUCGAUACGGACGAAGAAGGCUCACCUAGGAAGGUAGUGAAAUCAUUAAUUCCAGAAUAUAACUCCCUAGUGUUCUUCGAAGUAGUGGAAAAUUCUUACCAUCAAGUAGCCGAGGUAUUGGCACAUGAUAAGUGCAGGUGGUCAAUCAAUGGUUGGUUUCAUGGUCCAUUAAAAAAGGAUUUUCGUAAGUCACCCAGACACGAACCAGCCAAAACUUUCCUGGAACCGAGUUCUACCAAAGUGAACUUACACUCCUGGGUUUCCAAUGAUUAUCUGGAACCCAGCAUAAUGGACCAAAUUCAAGAGGAUGUCGAGAUAUCAUCUUAUACGUUUCUUAAAAGCUUCUUGAAAGAAUCUGUGUAUCAACAAAUUGCAAAUGAUUUAACGUCGCAGGAUAUCAGCUGGCGGAUGAUAGGCCCGCCAGAUAUACGUCACUAUGAAAUAGCUGACGAACAAACUUUACCGAAACUAUUGAGAGAUUUCUGUGAUUUAUUUAAAUCUAUUUCCUUCUUUCAAAUGUUGAAGAAAUAUACAGGACUCGAUUUGGUGCCCGAGAAAACAAAGAGACCUAAGAUGACAUUAGAGUUACAGAGGUGGUCGUCGGGCUGUUAUACGUUGCUAUAUGACAAAUCGUUAUUGAAAGAUACUUCAGACGAGUCAACGCGAGCAUUAACCUCAGAUUUCUCGAUCAGUGAGGUCAACCUGGAUACAAAUAAAACGCGUCGAGAAUUGAAAAGGGAACGAACCGAUGAUGCUUCCCCAGCAAAUUCAUCUGAUAAAAGAAAGAUAGCCAGGUAUCAUGAUAGACAAUCAGACGUUGGUAUGCGCUCGAAUAAACAUGAACAUAGCGUGAAUGUAGACGAAACUUCCUCGUCUUCAGAUGAGAUGUUAUCUCAUAGUGAUACACUGGACAAUGACAACGAGGAUGAUUCUAUCAGUGAGAAUGGCGAGUUUCUGCUUGAUGUGAUAAUACAGUUCCAUACACAAGAUGCCAAAGGCACGCCGAAAACAGAAGAUACGAUAGAUUUUGUGGAUCCUGAUGCGCAGGAAGGUAUUCUAAUUCAAAUCCCAAUGCAAGAUAAUCAUCUUUGUCUAGUCUAUAGGUCAGUCAUGAUAUGUCGUCUUCAUAAAUACUUGAAUCAUUUCUAUGAUGGCUAUUCUUACACUUUUCUAUGUACAUAUUACGAGUAGCAUGAUUCUUCAUAUGAUUUGUUGAUUAAUAUUGUUCUGUUGAAACAGAUUAAAAAGGAUAGGAAGAUUCGUGUUUUAAGUCCGGCAUUGUUGUUUCGUGGUAAUCGACCAAUAUAUUUUCCUGAAUUAAGA